CCACAGAUCCAAGCAUGUCUGAGGAGAACUGGUCUUGUAUCCAAUGUUUCUGCGAUCAGGUGAACACUGAUCCUGAUGGGUAAGAUUAAUUUUGUACAUUCUUGCCUAGAUGGUUCUUGUAAUCUCAUGGGCACAACCAUCAGACAAUGAGAACCCUAAAAUUUAAAGAGGCGGAUAUUCUGAUAGGUUGUUUUGGGGGUCUCUUCUGUGGGUUGAAGGAUUAAAUACAAGGAGAAAGGAGUUGUGAAAGGGUAAAGAGAGAUGGAAUAGGACCCUUAAUGAAAAUGGUAUGAGAAGGUAGAUGAGGUGAGCAAGAACUGAUGUUCAUAAGGGAUUAUCUUUAAAAAAAAAAAAAAACUGAACCUCGCUUCCCAGCUCUCUCACUUGGAGCCCACAAUGCCUCUCUGCCACAGGGUCAAGCUUCCUGGGCCCUUGUUGUGUAAAAUAAAAAUUUCCUCUCAGAAAAGAGUCCCUAGUGAUUUUCUUGGACUCCUUCCUCUACUGUGGAGGCUUAUACAGUGCCUGAAGUGCUUCCUACUGGAUUUCCUAUUUCUCUGUCUUUGGCUCUCUUUCUCUGUCAUAUUGUAUGCUCAUGACAGUGGAAGAGGAAACCCUCUUUUUCGCACUGACUCAUCCUUUUUUAAGUCUCUGUUGCUUCCUUCUUUGGUAUGCAAAAGUAACUCAAUAUAGUACUAUGCUGGUAAUGUGUUCCAGUCUGCUGGAACCAUCUCUGUCUUGGUUCUGUUGAUGGAGGCAAUUAUGUAAUGAAUGCACUGUGUUCAGGGAGUUUGAGACCCCCACAAAUACAGUGCUUUCUGUAGAUUAUAAUAGUAUUCUCAUGGCCUCAUCAGAAUUAAAUAACUCCAAAGAAGCGAUUUAGAUCCUAUCCACUUUGAUUUUUGGGGGUACUCCUAAUGUGUGUGUGUGUGUGUGUGUGUGCGCGUGUGUGCGUGCACGUGCCUCUGGCCUGCUUCUCUGGGAUUCCUAGGGCAGCCACAGUAUUAAGAGAUUUGUGUGUGACAAGCCACGCCCCCUCCCCUUUUUCCUUCUGUCUAGAGAGAGCUCUCAGUCCAAGCCUGGUCUUGCCUUGUUUCUGUUUCCUCAGCCCAUCCCAUGCACCUUGGCUGUUGGCCCACAAGAUCCAGUCCCCGCAGGAGAGGGAAGCUCUUCAUGCCUUAACAGUACUGGAGGUGUGCAUGAACUAUUGUGGAGAGAAAUUCCAUGGUGAGGUGGCCAAGUUCCGCUUUCUGAAUGAGCUGAUCAAAGUUCUUUCUCCAAAGUAUCUUGGAUCCUGGACCACAGACAAAGUCAAAUCAAGAAUUAUUGAAAUAAUGUUCAGUUGGACAGUUUGGUUUCCUGAGGAUAUCAAAAUACGAGAUGCUUAUCAGAUGCUGAAGAAACAAGGAAUCAUUAAACAAGACCCCAAAUUACCAGUGGACAAAAUCUUACCCCCACCUUCUCCCAGGCCCAAGAGCUCCAUCUUUGAUGCCGAUGAAGAAAAAUCAAAGCUCUUGACAAGACUUCUGAAAAGUAAUCAUCCUGAAGAUUUACAGGCAGCCAACAGAUUGAUCAAGACCCUUAUCAAGGAGGAACAAGAGAAAUCUGAGAAGAUCUCCAAGAGAAUCAGCACCAUACAGCAAGUCCACAGCAAUGUAAAACUGAUAAAGGAGAUGUUAAGCGACCAUCAAGGGCCAAAGCAGAAGCAACUGGACCUGAAAAGCCUACAGGGCCUGUACGAGAAGUGUGAAAAGCUGAGGCCCGCUCUGUUCCGGCUUGCCAGUGACACUGUGGAUGAUGACGAGGCACUAGCAGAGAUUCUCCAAGCCAAUGACAUUCUUACUCAGGGUGUUCUCCUAUAUAAGCAAGUGGUGGAGGGGCAAGUCAAUGCUGGGAAUGUGGUGCCCAGCACAGUCACCAGAAGUACCCAGGGAGAGCUGCCUGCCUCCCCAGCCUUAAAGGAUAAAGAAGCCAGCAUCAAAACCUACUCCUUGAUUGACUUUUCUGAACUGGACUCUGGAUCUGGCGUCCCUUCCCAGCAGUGUGAGCUCAUAUCAUCUUGUCUUCUAGAGAAAGAGCUGGCUACUUUAGGUCUCAAUGAUGCCCCAGAAACACACAAGACAUCCUUCGACUUUGAUUCUCUUCAGACUGCUCCAGAGAAUGGUUGCCUGGAGGAAAGGAAUUUCUCUCCCAAUGCAGUGGCCAAGAAGCCCUUGCCUGGCAGGACUGACCAGAUUAAUGGCUCCCAAAGAAGCUCUCAGGAGAAGAAAUUGUUAUUGGACUUGUCUGCUCCCCAGACGUCUCUAAUCCCUGACCCAUCGAGCACAUUGAAUUUCCUUCAUCAGAAAACACUUCCCAAAGAUUCACCAAUGAACAACAAUUCCUUCCCGGAACAGUCUUGGGAGAUAAAAUCAGGAGACACUUCUUCCCUGUCAACACCCUUGAAUAAAUCUCUAGCUCAAGUUUUUGUUCCACUAGAAUCAAUUAAGCCCAGUGACUUGCCUCCUAUCACCGUGUAUGAUCGAAAUGGUUUCAAAGUCUUGCUCCAUUUUUCCCAGGCUGGGCCCCCUGGUUUCCCAGAGGUACAGGUACUGUUGCUGUCCAUGCUGAGCACAGCGCCACAACCUGUCUGGGAUAUUGUGUUUCAGGUGGCUGUGCCAAAGGCAAUGAAAGUGAAAUUGCAACCAGCCUCUAGUUCUAAGCUUCCUGCAUUUAGUCCACUGCUGCCACCCGCUGUGAUCUCUCAGGUUCUGCUGCUUGCAAAUCCACACAAAGAGCCUGUCAGGCUAAGGUACAAGUUGACAUUCACUCAAGGUGGGAAGCCCUUCAGUGAAGUAGGAGAAGUGAGUGAUUUUCCAGAUCCAGCUCUCUGGAGUACUGUCUAACUUCAUGAUGCACUCUUCUGGACUUUACCAUCAAGCCUUAUCCUGUCUCUGUUGCUCAUUUUUGCCCAGAACUGACUAGGGGUUUUGAUAUGAAGUGUACGGGUGGGUACUGCUGUUUGGAUGGCAUUAUGAGCCAUAUGUGAAAUGUAUCUGACAUCACUCUUCAACAUGACAGUCUGCCAUCAUCUCUGCUGCCUGUAUGGUGAUGGACUCUCUGGUGUCACUGGAAUUUUAUAAGCCAAAGCUCACAGCAGAGGCCCAUGUUUCAGGGAAUCAUUUCAAAGUGGAAUGAUCUUUUAUGAAUGUUGCCUCAUUGUUCUCACUUUUGUGCCUUGUCAUCCUUUAAAUGUGUUUCUUAGGGCACCCAGGCUGCUCCUUUUUCAGAAGUCUUGGAGACAUUUGUUUGGUCUUGGAUACCUCUUUGUUUAGGAGAUCUCUGCCCAACUGACAUCUUUAAAGAGGGUCCUUGUCUCUUUUUAUAUAGACUGCUUACAAUUUAUUGAAGAAAUGUUCCAAAUGGAAUGCUCAUUGCACAUGCCUCUAGAUUAGAGGAACACAGUAGCUAGCUUCUACCCACAGUAUCUUCCACCAUUAUGCCUUAUGCCUUCUCUAGGUAGACAGUCUUCAGGCAAAGGAGAAGAAGAAAUUAGUUUCCUAAUACCUCCACUUUUUUAUCCUCAUUGAAAGCUUUUUUUUACUUGCUUACUUGAGUGUACCAUUCUCUUCAUUGUACAACACAAUUAAGAUAAACUUGAUUCUUGUUUUUUAAAUGGUUUAUUGAUGCAGAAAAACAUAAAAGACACUUAACGAAAAGCUUUGACUGAAUAUGUAAAUCAUUUACAUUAAAUAAAUAAAAUAGGAACAAGUGUA